AUGGUUGUUGCUCGUGGUCAAAAAGAAGGCACCCUUUACAUGACUACGAACAAUAGGAAUGCAAUAGCAGUUGCUGGUGAGAAGGAAGACUCAAAUCUGUGGCACCAAAGGCUUGAGCAUAUGAGCCAAAAAGAGAUGACGGUAAUGGCAUCUAAGGGAAAACUGUCAAAUUUGAAAUCGGUGGACAUUGACUUUUGUAAGGAUUGCAUCUUCGGCAGUUCUUCAAAGGAUGACAGGAAACUGAAGUCAGAAAAAUUGGAGUUGGUUCAUACAGAUGUGUGGGGGGACCUGCACUAG